CUCUCUUUCGAUCUCCUCUCUGACGCGGAAGAAGAGGCAACAAGUCCAAUGGGGUUCGCCUCCGGGUCUUUCAUGCCUCGCGCCCAUGUCUGCCUUCCGCUGAUACUGCUGGUGGCGGCGACGGCCGUGGCCCUCUCGCCAUCGGCGCAGCAGGAGCAGGACAGAAUCAGCCGUCUGCCCGGGCAACCGCCAGUUGACUUCGCUCAGUACUCCGGAUACAUUACCGUCAACGCCUCCGCCGGCCGCGCUCUCUUCUACUGGCUCGCCGAGGCGCCAGCCACCGCCACUCCCGCGCCUCUCGUCCUAUGGCUCAACGGCGGCCCGGGGUGUUCCUCCGUCGCCUACGGCGCCUCCGAAGAGCUCGGCCCCUUCCGGAUCAACUCCGACGGGAAGACCCUCUACCUCAACCCCCACGCCUGGAACAGAGUGGCGAAUGUGUUGUUCUUGGACUCACCGGCAGGCGUCGGAUUUUCCUACUCGAAUACCUCAUCGGAUCUCACCACCGCCGGAGACCACAGAACAGCUGUGGAUGCAUACAAUUUCCUUGUGAGUUGGUUCGACAGGUUUCCUCAAUAUAAGCACCGUGAGUUCUACAUCGCCGGAGAGAGCUAUGCAGGGCAUUAUGUUCCUCAACUAUCUCAGCUUGUUUACCAAAAGAACAUCGGAAUUCAGAAUCCCACAAUCAACUUCAAGGGAUUCAUGGUGGGCAAUGCACUUAUUGAUGACUAUCAUGACUCUGUGGGAACCUUUGAGUUCUGGUGGACUCACGGUCUGAUCUCCGACUUGACUUAUCGAACUCUAAGGAUUCACUGCAAUAAUGAAGAUUCUGAACACCCUUUGAAUGUAUGUGAACAAGCUUUUGAUGCUGCCAGUGCUGAGAUGGGAAACAUUGAUCCUUUCAGCAUCUACACUCUUCCUUGCAAUGAUACUGUAUCUCUUCGCCGCAACUUAAGGGGCCAUUAUCCUCGGAUGUCCAGAGCAUACGAUCCGUGCGCCAAACGAUACUCAAAGAUGUACUACAACCGUCCUGAGGUUCAGAAAGCACUUCAUGCCAACACAACUGGAAUACCAUACCUUUGGGACACAUGCAGUUAUACUGUAGCAGAAAACUGGGGAGAUGCACCUAAAUCCAUGCUUCCUAUUUACCAGGAGCUCAUUUCAGCUGGUCUAAGGCUAUGGGUUUUCAGUGGAGAUACCGAUUCUGUAGUUCCACUGACCGCGACAAGAUACUCCAUUGAUGCUCUCAAAUUGAAGACGGUUAAGAAUUGGUACCCUUGGUAUGACAAUGGAAAGGUUGGAGGAUGGAGUCAAAUGUACCGAGGCCUGACCUUUGUGGCGGUAACAGGUGCAGGACAUGAGGUUCCUCUUCAUCGUCCCCGGCAAGCUCUCAUACUCUUCAAGCAUUUUUUGAAAAAUAAGCCAAUGCCUGAAAGUUAGCCAAAAGAAAAGUAAAGAAAAAGUGAAAUUAAUUGGAAGCUGAAAAAACGAUGAGCACAAGAUAAUAAAAAGAUGGGCCUGAUUCUUAGUGGAUGAGAUAUUUUUUUUUAUCCAUCAUAUAUAGAUAUAUAUAAUUGAUUUGAUAAUUUUGUUGUUAUUUUCAUUUUUCUUGCAGUCUUCAUAUUGU